GUUUCCUCUCUUUGUCUGGGCUGGUCUUUCCAACCUAGAUGAUGUAAAAAAAAAACAAAACUGGGGAAGCAUAACAAGGCCAUAUUUUUAAUCACGUAACAUGGGAAACUUAAAAGCUAGUCCAUAGAGAAAAGAGAGCAGAAUGAAACAGAUCUGAGACACAAGCAGGAAUGAAACAAUAUUCCUGAUGUCUAUAUAGUUUUGCUAAUACCUAAUUCUGGUUCCAUCUCCUGGGGCCUGAUUGCAUUCUUUCCCAGGGGUUCUGGAAGUACUCCUGCAUUUCCUUUAUAAUAUCCUCUGAGUAGGUAGUGAGCUUAUAUUAAUUUAUUUUAUGAUACUUGAAACCAAAAGUUCUAAUUUUAUUUAGGUCUACUUCCCUCUGCCCCUUUUUCAGCCCUAUUGGGGCAGGGUAGCUCAUUCCAUUCAGGCCAUUAGAGUCCAUCUCAAACUCUACAGCCAUGCCUUCCCUUGUUCUGUUUAUCCAUAUCCUCAUCCUGCUUAAGAAGUAAGUUCCUGUUUCUUCCGUAAAGUUUUCCUAACUAUUCCAAACCUUUUGAUUCCAAAUCAAAAGGUUUGUAUGUCCAUGUACAUUUGUAUAUUGGGGGCAGGAGCAGAAAGAUGUUUGCCCAGUUUUGGCAAAUAACACUCAAAGCUUUUUCCAACUCAAGCAUCAGACUUUCAUAGAGAAUCUUUUACUACUCCUGCUUCUGCAGCAUGAUAUUCCCAUGGUUACAGUCUCAUGAAGUUGUUUGAGACUAAAUCUACUAUUGGUUUAAUAUUUCAUUAUUUAUAGCACACUUUGCAACAAAACAGGUUCUGCUUAAGGAAAUAUUCAACAUGAAUUCCAUGACAUUUCCCUUUGGAAAACAGAAAAUGAUUAUAAGCAUUAAAGCUGACGAAUAUACCGAAUGCCCAUUAAUAAGUUCAAUGUAUAAACAAAUUGUGCUCUAUACAUACAAGAAAUAUUAUGCAUAGAAGGAAUACUGGCCCACAGAUCACCAGUUUGCUGUCUGAGAUAAAUUAAAUAUGAGUUAAGCAUAGUAUUUACUUUGUAGGUAAGUUUCAGUUAGAACAGAGAGAAUUAUAUAAUUUAAAAAACUCAGUGUUUUAGCAGCAUUUAUAUAGCCCCACUGCAAGACUGGCAGGAAUAAAGACUGAGGAUAGACUUAAGUGCUACUAAAACAGUCCAGAAAUGACAACCCUAAUGCGAUCAGGACCAAUGGGUAACACAAUGGAGGUAAAACAGAGUACCAAGAAAAAAAAAUGAUAGUAAUUUAGAGCUGGGAGGGACCUCUGGAACCAUCGGUUCCAUCGCCAUCUUCAUACGAAUAGGGAAAGUAAUUGGAAAGCAAAAAACUGAAGCUCCUCAGGAUUUAUGAUGUCACACUGACUGGAGUCAUCAAUAAUGUUAACAUCGUUAAUCCGGCUAAUGGUAUUAACAGAAGGCGCGGAUUCCCUUUAGUAUGUGGAGGCCAAACCCUCAAAUUUGCUCUCUACUGAAAGGUUUAAAACGGACAGAAGCUUUCAUCCUUUAAAACUUGAAUUCUAUUUAGUUAAUCACCGGUAUGCCUACAAAGCAUUACCAAGCACGGCUCCUGUCCUACCCCAAAAGGGGUCUUUUAAGCAUUCUUCUUUCAGAGAACACAUCCCCUAAAAUACCAGAGAAUCGUCUUGAGAAGUUUAUUACUUUUAGGAGCUUAGGUUUUAUAAAAGGGUCCAGAACUGUUCAUUUGCUUGUUCAGUUUCCCAACUACAAAGCCUUAUUAGGCACUUUACGACCGUGCCACACAGAAUCCCUACCACGGCCGGGCGAGGAAAACAGGCGUCGGUCUAGGAAACGCAGGCAUGUGGGAGUCGGGGCUGCGCUCUGCGGAGGGAGGCCGCAGGGCGAGUCGGCUGGAGCUAGCCUUUUCCUUUCUUGGGGCCGCGGGGGCGCCGGGCGGGCAGCCGGCGGCUGGUCCUCGCGUCCCUCUACACUUUCUCCGUAACAGCCUUGACCAACCAGCUGACAACCCCAACCCUCUAGAGCUGAGAGAGGUCAGCGUGUGUCAGGCAGGAUCCGGCGCCAUGACGCAGUCGGCCUCAGGCACAUCCAGACUCUCUCGCCCCUAGGCGAGCCCCACGCGCGCCUCCAAUUUCCGGGGCGAAUAUGAAGCUUCUCGGAAAUCUCCAGACCCCCUCCCUUUUAGAAAGGGCGCAGACAGCGUCUUCGUUUCCAAGGAAACUAGCUCUACCGCUACGUCACUUCCGAUGACCUGUCUGGAUUCCAGACUGUUGGAGGAAAAGAGGAAAACUGAGCCACAGCCACGACGGUGGACGCGAGCGUCUCCGGUCUGCGCAUGCGCCCGCUCAGCGGCUUGCUUCUAUUUAUGUGGGGGAUCCAACAUGGCGGCUGCGGCGACCCUGGCGAUGGCGGUGGAGCUCAUCAGAACAUAGUAGCGGGGAAGGGGGCACGGUCCUCACUCACGGUGGCGUCGGCGGAGACAACUGAGGGUGGUGGAGGGAAGAAAAGCGACGGAAAGCAAAAGGAAGGGCGGGCAGGCAAACAACUCGGCGUAAAACCGAGCGCCGGUUCGGGCGAACGCAGAGGGCCAGAACAGUGGGGAUGGCGGAGCCACGCAGAGUAGCGUUUAUUAGCCUGUCACCGGUGAGACGGCGCGAGGCCGAGUACCCGAGUGCCGAACGCGAGCCCGAGUACCCUCGCGAGCCCCCCUGGCUGGAGCCGCAGCCGUACCGCGAGCCAGCCCGGGCGGAGCAGCCGGCCCCGCGGGAGGCUGCCCCCCGGUCGGACGCGCAGCCCCCGCCGCGGGAGAAACCGCUCCCCCAGCGCGAGGUCAGCCGCGCCGAGCCGCCCAUGUCGCUGCAGCGCGAGCCCCCGCGGCCCGAGCCGCCGCCGCCGCCGCUCCCGCAGCUGCACUUGCAGCCGCCCCCACCGCGGGAAUCGGCUUCCCGGGCCGAGCCGCAGCAGAGGCCGCCGAGGGAGACAGUGCGCCUGGAGCUGGUGCUCAAGGAUCCCACCGACGAGAGCUGCGUGGAGUUCAGUUACCCGGAGCUACUGCUGUGCGGAGAACAGCGGAAGAAGCCCAUUCACACCGAAGACCCAUUUAAUGAUGAACAUCAAGAGAGGCAAGAAGUGGAAAUGUUGGCUAAGAAGUUUGAAAUGAAAUAUGGUGGGAAACCCCGUAAACACCGGAAGGAUCGGCUACAAGAUUUAAUUGAUAUAGGCUUUGGCUAUGAUGAGACAGAUCCAUUUAUUGAUAACUCAGAGGCUUAUGACGAAUUAGUUCCUGCUUCUCUAACAACAAAAUAUGGAGGCUUUUACAUUAACACUGGCACACUACAGUUUCGCCAAGCUUCAGAUACUGAAGAAGAAGAUAUUACAGACCACCAGAAGCACAAGCCACCCAAAAUUCCCAAAAUAAAAGAAGUUGAUAUUGAGAUGAAGAAGCGGAAGAGGAAAGAGGAAGGGGAAAAAGAGAAGAAGCCAAGGAAAAAAGUUCCUAAACAACUGGGAGUUGUGGCUCUAAAUUCACACAAGUCUGAAAAAAAGAAGAAACGUUAUAAAGAUUCUCUUUCUCUAGCUGCCAUGAUACGAAAAUUUCAGAAAGAAAAAGAUGCGCUAAAGAAGGAGCUUAACCCCAAAGUCCCAGCGAACUUCACGCCCUCCUCUCUGAAUAAACCCCCCUCCGCUGCUGUGGCAUUGGGAAAUGAUGUUUCGGACUUAAAUCUGAACAAUGCUGACCCAGACCUCCCCAUUUUUGUUAGCACAAAUGAGCAUGAACUGUUUCAGGAAGCUGAAAAUGCCCUAGAGAUGCUAGAUGAUUUUGACUUUGACAGAUUACUGGAUGCUGCUUCUGAUGGCAGCCCCCUCUCUGAGUCAGGGGGAGAGAAUGGAAACAUCACCCAGCCAACCUGUGCUGCUCCGAUUAUGCCCAGGGUGGUACCUACACUCCCAGAAGGUCUGCCUGUCCUUCUUCAAAAGCGUAUCGAAGACCUCCGUGCAGCUGCCAAACUUUUUGAUGAAGAAGGAAGGAAAAAAUUCUUUACACAGGAUAUGAAUAAUAUUCUUCUGGACAUUGAGUUACAGCUACAGGAACUAGUCCCUGUCAUUCGUAGUGGUGUCUACUCCCAUCUUGAAGCUUUUGUGCCAUGCAAUAAGGAAACACUGGUAAAACGCCUAAAGAAGUUACAUCUCAACAUCCAGGAUGAUCGUUUAAGAGAACCUCUGCAAAAACUGAAACUGGCUGUUAGCAAUGUCAUGCCUGAACAGCUAUUUAAAUACCAGGAGGACUGCCAAGCUCGUAGUCAAGCAAAGUGUGCCAAGUUGCAAACAGAUGAAGAUCGAGAGAAAAAUGGGUCUGAGGAAGAUGAUGAUGAAAAACCAGGGAAACGUGUCAUAGGACCAAGAAAGAAAUUCCACUGGGAUGACACCAUUAGAACUUUGUUAUGUAACCUUGUUGAGAUCAAAUUGGGAUGCUAUGAGUUAGAGCCAAAUAAAAGCCAGUCUGCUGAGGAUUAUCUUAAAUCCUUUAUGGAGACAGAGGUGAAACCAUUGUGGCCUAAGGGCUGGAUGCAGGCAAGAAUGCUUUUUAAGGAAAGCCGGAGUGUACAUAAUCAUCUUACUGCUGCUCCGGCAAAGAAAAAGGUGAUACCUGCACCUAAACCCAAAGUGAAGGAGUGUAGUCCGAAAAAAGACCAGAAAACUCCCGCCUCCGUGGCAGCUUCAGUCGGUGGUCCUUCAGUGAGCUCCAGCACGUCCGCUGUGGCCUCCACCAGUUCUAGCUCCACGCCGGCCCAGGAGACCAUCUGCCUGGACGACUCGCUAGAUGAAGACCUUUCUUUCCACCCACCUGCCCUGGAUCUUGUUUCUGAAGCUUUGGCUGUUAUCAACAAUGGGAACAAGGGCCCUGCAGCUGGUUCAAGGAUAAGUGUGCCGACCGCAAAACCUCGUCCAGGACUGAGGGAGGAAAAAUUAGCAAGUAUCAUGAGUAAGCUGCCCCUGGCUGCUCCCAAGAAACUAGAUUCUACUCAGACUGCACAUUCAUCAAGUCUUAUUGCUGGUCACACAGGGCCAGUACCAAAGAAACCCCAGGAUUUAGCUCAUACCGGAAUCUCUUCAGGCCUUAUUGCUGGUUCUUCAAUUCAGAACCCUAAAGUCUCCUUAGAACCUUUGCCAGCCAGGCUACUUCAACAAGGACUGCAGAGGUCAAGCCAGAUUCAUGCUUCCUCUUCACAGACCCAUGUCUCCUCUUCCUCCCAAGCCCAAGUUGCUGCCUCCUCUCACGCUCUGGGAACAUCAGAGGCCCAAGAUGCUUCUUCGUUAACACAAGUAACAAAGGUGCACCAGCAUUCAGCUGUCCCACAGAACUAUGUGUCUCCAUUACAAGCAACCAUUAGUAAAUCACAGACCAACCCAGUGGUGAAGUUAAGUAAUAAUCCCCAACUUUCCUGUUCAUCCCCCCUUAUCAAGACUUCAGAUAAGCCACUUAUGUACCGCCUUCCCUUAUCUACUCCCUCACCUGGAAAUGGUUCUCAAGGGUCCCACCCCCUGGUUUCUAGGACAGUACCUAGCGCCACUACCUCCAGUAACUAUUUAGCCAAGGCUAUGGUGUCACAAAUCCCCACGCAGGGUUUCAAGUCUCCCUUCGCAAUGGCUGCAUCCCCAAAACCUGCUGCAUCUCCAAAACCUGCCGCAUCUCCUAAACCCUUGCCCUCACCUAAGCCUUCUGCCUCACCCAAGCCCUCUCUGUCAGCUAAGCCUUCAGUAUCAACUAAACUCAUUUCUAAACCCAACCCAGCUCCCAAACCUACUGUAUCCCCAAGUUCUUCCAGUCCGAAUGCACUAGUAGCCCAGAGUAGCCACUCCAGCAGUAACAACCCCGUCCAUAAACAGCCCAGUGGAAUGAACAUCAGCCGACAGUCUCCCACCUUGAAUUUUUUGCCCUCGAACCGCACUUCAGGCCUUCCGUCUACAAAAAAUCUUCAGGCCCCUUCAAAGCUAACAAACUCAUCAUCCACUGGAACUGUUGGGAAGAAUAGCUUGAGUGGAAUUGCAGUGAAUGUACCUGCCAGCAGAGGUAGCAACCUUAACUCAAGUGGAGCUAAUAGGACUAGUCUAUCUGGGGGAACAGGAAGUGGAACACAGGGUGCUACUAAACCAUUGUCUACUCCACAUAGACCAUCCUCUGCCUCAGGGUCUUCAGUGGUAACAGCCAGUGUGCAGUCCACAGCAGGAGCAUCAUUAUUGGCUAAUGCCUCACCUCUGACUCUCAUGACAUCACCUUUGUCUGUAACAAAUCAAAAUGUGACUCCUUUUGGGAUGCUGGGUGGCCUUGUUCCAGUGACCAUGCCCUUCCAGUUUCCCUUGGAGCUACUUGGCUUUGGAACGGACACAGCUGGAGUGACAACCACCUCGGGAUCUACCUCAGCCGCUUUCCACCAUAGCCUAACUCAGAAUUUACUAAAGGGUUUACAGCCAGGAGCUCAGCACACAGCAACACUUUCCCACUCACCUCUGCCUGCACAUUUACAGCAAACAUUUAAUGAUGGAGGCCAAAGUAAAGGGGACACUAAAUUACCACGGAAAUCUCAGUGACUUCCCUGCAAGCAAAGGAGAGGAGACGCUCAGCUGGCUGAUGGAAUCUACCUGAUGGGAAAGUACUCAUGUGGUCAUAGGGCUGCUGUUCUGUCGAUGUUUACAUUCUCUCGUCCCAAGCACUGUGGUGAGGAGGAAAAGGAAAAUAAAACAUUACUUGAGUAAAGCCAGGUGCAGGAGGAAGAAAUGCUUUUGUGCAAAGUUAGCGACCUUUGGUCUCUUCUAAAGAAAGACAAAGUUACCAUAUUAACUGACUUGAAAGAGACUCAGUUGUCAAACCCACAGAAGUACAAAUUUGAUUAUUCCCCGGGAGGAAGAAGGAAAUUGAGGAUUUGGGUAAACUCCAUCCAUCCUGGGGGUUGGAUCUGAACACUUAUAGACAUCACUGCAUAAUAAAAGGCAGCAUAUCUGGAAUUAGGCCAGUUUGUCAGGAGUAACAAUCAUGUGUAUUUGAAUGGACUAUGCAGCAAAUUUGCCACAAAAAAUUAAUGACCCUAUGUCUGAUACAGAUAACAGCUGAAUAAAUACUGUACCCUCAAAAAUCCUGAACAAACUUGAAUCUUCUCUAGUAUAUAGCAACUCCCCAUGUAAAUCAGUGGACUAAAGAUACUUCAGGAAAGUAAUUUUAGCACAGUGAUAUAUAUUAUUAAGUCAUCAAGAUUUUUAAAGUCAAGAAAUUGAAACUGUUGCUCUUAACAGACAGAACAGAUGUCCCCUUUUUGUAAAAGGGUCAGUUUCAUUUUCCAUUCAGAAGCAGGCACUUACCUCUCUUCUUCAGGUGGUUUGUGCAUCUGGAAUUGACUGGUUAAUUCUUAUUUCCAUUCUUGUUGUUAAAAAGUGACUGUGUUCACUUUUGUCUCUUGAGAAAUGGGUAUCUGUGAUGUAGGGCCGCAACUUUUGUGCUCUUAGCCCUUACAUUCCUGCUCUGUGAACUCUUAAGUUUCCCCAGCUUCACUUCAGUUCAUAAUUUCUCCUGUUCUCUUGGCUAGUUGUACUCCAGGUGAUCACCCAUGAUAUAAACAGGGAUAAGUGUGUAUUACAUAUGCUUCUUCAUUGCUCAUUCAAAUGCCAUAUAUAUAUUUUUGGAAUUUUUAAGAUAGUAUUUUAAGGGGAGGAAUUACAUUGGGAUCAUUAUGUGUACAAUUAUUUUUUUGUAACAAUCACAGUGUAUUUUUACUCCCUUAUCCAGGGUAGUAAAAUUGACUUGGAGCAUUUGGGAUCUUAAAGCUUUAUUAAUAUCUACUUAGAAUAUUGAUAAGUGAAUAAACCUGCAGUUAAUAAGACUCCUUAAUUAUUACAGCUUUCUUAGGCAAGUAGCAUGUUCAACAAAGGAUGUUAAGGGAGAAAUGGUUCUGUUUGGAUACGUUUUAUUUAUUUAUUUUUUUUAACCUCAUUACUGAUCUAGUCCCCCUUUCUCUCUCUCUCUCCUCCUAUUUAGACUUCUUAUUUCAAACUGCACCCAAGAAUGGUGUAAACUUGGUACAUGUGUAAUGACAGACCAACCUAAAAAACAGCAUCAAAUUGGUAGUAGCAAGAUUUCUUGCAUAGUCUUCAUUACAAAUCACCCUAUGCUGUUAAUUUUAUGCAAGUAGAGUACUAACUGAGCCGUUUUUUUUCCUUUUAUAAGCAGAAGUCCCAAAUAGCCUAUAGGACUGAAUAAAUUACAACAGAUCUAUUCAGAUCUGUAUACCUAUAUUUUGACUUCAAAGUCACAUUGGCUUGCUUCCUAGCAAAAAAGUUAAUAAGUAACUGAAAACUUUAGUUCCAAGAACUUGUUAUAGUAAGGGGAAAGGAUUAUUUCAGAGGAAUAAUUGAUAUAUUUACUUGCCUCUAAGAAUUUAGUUUACUAGUGAAACAAAUAUGAAUGUCUUUUCAAUCCUGGUAGAUAUUUUGGAAGGAUAUUGGGAUGUUGCAGAGAGAUUUGACUUGAAUCGAGUAUGUUUGAUUAAAGUUUGGUUCUUUAAUUAGGGAAGCUUUCCCAGUUCUUGAGUUAUUCCAGUGUAGCAUACCUCUUGCUUUUAUAUAAUUUGGAAAAAAAACCUCUUUGCUAAAUACUAUGUAUGCAUUUUCCUUUGGGAAGCUAGCCUUUGUUUUACUUCCAAUACUAUGAGAGAAUUCAUAUGCAUAUUAAUCUCUUUUCCUGCUGAUAACUGUGCGUGUAUUCAUCUGUGUAUAUGUGUACACAUAUAUUUAUUUGUAUAUAAAUUCAUUAAUAGUUGAAAUCAAGGAAUAUUAAUUUUAAUUUUUUAAAUCCAUCAAUUCUGAAUCAUGCUGUGUGAAGAUCCCUGAUGAUUCUUUGUUGUCAUUAGAGAAGAAAAGGAUUAUCUGCUCCCCCCACUAUCAUUUUAUAACUAUCCAGUAAAACUAUCUGAAGGCCCUUGGCUCUGAGAAGUUCAUAUAUAUAUAUAUGGAGAUUACGAUCUGUUUUCCUCAUUCUUGAUUCCUUGAGGGCUGCGGUUCCCUCCUCACACUCCCACCACAUUUUCACUAAGUUAUACCCAUUUCUAUCAAAACUACCCUUUUGUGUUGUACAAAUGAAACAAACACCCUUAUAUUUCUUAAUAAAAUAUUAUCAGAAAGCUCCUACAUGUAAAUACAAAACUAUUUCUUUUCUAGAUCAUACCAUUGAAAAUGGUGAUCAUAGUUUGUGGUCAUCUAUCUUUACAGUUUUUCUUACUAAAAACAAACAUAUAAAUUGGUUAUUUUUUAGCACAGAGACUUGUGACUCAUACUGUAUUUUUGCACUUAAAAGUCAAAUUAUGUUAUUUUUAAAAUGUUAUUUGGAAAGGAUAUAGAACAGUGUGUAUUUCUGAAGAGCAUUAGCAACAUCCCAAUGCAAAAGUAAUCAGCACACUGAAUUACAUCCCACUCAGCGGGAUUCUUGAUUCAGGAAAAUUAAGCUGUUUGUUUUCACCUGUCUUGUAUUUUCAAUUGCCUUCACUGACGUAUAAGCUGUUACUGUACAUACACGUUAAUCCUCAGUAUUCACAAGCAAUAACGGUCAGCAUGGUUAUCCUCGGGGAUAGCAAUGCUGAGCCUCAGUUGGAGACUGUUGGGAGCAAAGUGUCAAGCUCAUUCGGAGCCUCCAGAAUCAAUGCAAGCAAUAAUUCUAUUGUAAAUCAGUUAUAAUUCUUUCUCGUGUGCUUCUGAGAGCAGAGGGCAAAAGAAGAAAUCAUGGUUUUAAAACAGCCUGAGGAAAGGUUUGGAAAGAAGCGAGGUUAAUCUAAGUCACAAAAUCCUGGUAUUCUAAGGAAAUCAGAGGAUUGUGUCAGUACAUUCUUUCAUGCCUACCACCCCUUUGAUGGAUGUUGUUAGCCCAAAUUACAUUUUUUAUAUCAUAGAAGUUAAAUAGGGUUUAAUGUAUGGAUCACCAAGGUAGGAGGAAGAACCGGGCCACAUACAUGUUUGAAUACUGUGGGUUUGACACCUGUUUGAAAACAAUUUAUUGGAAAAGAUUUUUAACCCAGGAUUUUUUUUUUCCCCAAAGCAGAGCUAAAUUGUUUACUACCCAGGGUUGGAAGGGGCAGACACCUCUAGUCUUUCUCUUUCUGGUUGCCCUCUACCACGCACCCCUUUCCACCUCUACUUGGUUCCAGACAUUUUCUGAAAUGGAAAUUCUACUGUUACUCAAACUGCCAUUGAUUAUGAGAACUCUAUGUCCCUUGGGAUCAUCUCUUAGAACUCCAGUUACCUAUCAUAUUUGCUGCUACAUUGGUAAAAUGAAUUUUGCCUGUAUUGGUCGACUUUAAUCUAAUUUACAGUUCUUCAUUUCUUGAAGACUUUGUCGGAUAAUUUGACCCGUGUAUAGCAUUAGGAUACUUUAUUUUAGGAGUGUACCAUAAAAGCACACUGGUUCCUGUAUUCUUUUAAAUCAUAAUUUAGGUUUUGAAUUUGUGUUUGCUUUUUUUGCUCAUUGGUGUUUUAUUUUAAAUUAGAAAUAGAAGAGUGAGAAAUCUAUGAUCAGGCCAAACUUGAGAACUUUCCCUGUGCUUCAGCGCUAUAAUUUCUGCUGACCUUCAGUUCUCAGAAGAGGCACUUUUACUUUCUAUGGUGCAUGUAUGAUUUUUGUUUUGUUUUGUUGGCUUUGGGGGACUUUUGCUUUUGUAAUAAUGAAGCAGAAGAAAGAUGCAGUAGUACGUAAAUGAUUUCAAACAUGCUUUGCAAUUUUUAUUUUUUAAAGUUUAAGAGGAAAAGUUUAACUCUGUAAAUCAUUUCUUAGCUCUGGUAAAAUGCUUCUAUUACUCUAAAACAUGCUCAAUUCAGGCCUUUGUCUUUGUUAAGUGCCUUUUUUUCUUUUUCCCCCUCUUUCAAAACUGUUCUCAGAUAUUCUAAAGUACAGACUGGUAAGGGGAUUCAAGAGGACGAAUCUCAGACUUGCCAACGUCAUGUCAUACUAUAUGUUCUUGUUUUUCUUUAUAUGUAUCAGGAUGUAUGUGUAAGAUACAUACAUGUUUGUGUGUGUAUAUAUGCAUAAACAUGUUUAAUAUAUAUAUACUAUAUAGUAGUAGCUAUAUAUAUAUAUAUAUAUAUAUAGUAGUAGCUAUAUAAUAUAUAUAUAUAGUAGCUGCUAUAACAUCACAUCCUUUCUGAACACUCUCCCUUCAGUGUUUGCAGAACUUCUGCCUUGUUUAUUCCAUUGCUUUUAAUCAAUUCAAAUGGGUGGAUUGGGAAAUUGUCUUUUCACAAGAUGCUAUCUUCCCCUUUUGAAUAUCUAUAGAAGCUAACAAAAAUGUGCGUGUAUGUGUGUAUAUAUAUUUAUAUGCACACAUACAUGUGUGUAUACAUAUAUAUAUAGUAAGUCAGUUAUUACAAGUGAAAUAAAUUUAGUGGGCUUACUAACUAUUCCUGGAUGUAACCCAGUGCUCUAUGCCCUUCAAACUUGGUGAGAGUAUAUUGGAGAAAGCACUGGAAUAACGAGUCUUUUGUGGGUCAGGUUGAUCAGAUGCACUAUGGCAGGCAAGACUAAACACAUGGGAAAGCUAGAGUUAAAACCAUGGUAUUGUAUCUAAAUGAGUUUUGAAGGAAGUUAGCAAUUUUGUCAACAUUAAAAAUGCAUAAUGUUUUCUUCUGGGAAAUGAUUUUUGGAGAAUUCAUAUAGCUGCAUAUCCACUAAAAGGUUAAUAAACUUUGAAGUAGAAAGACUUAAAUGCUGAGGAAAACAAUCACAUAUAAACUAUGGCAUUCUUGAGAGAUCUUCAGUUUUCUUUUUAUUUGCCAGAAAAUUACAUUUGUCUUAAUUUGAUUUUAUGGUUAUUUAGAUUUCUCCCUGGAGCAAGAUAACAUAAUUUUCAGUAUCUAAGAUUCAUCUGUUUCUUGUUGAAAACAGAAGUGACAUGUUAAGGGAGACUAAGUUGAACCAAUCCUCAAAACCUGGUACAAAUGUAUCUAAUAAGUGCUCCCUUUAAGUACAUUUUAAUUGGGAAGAGGAGACUGGGGGCUCAAGAGGAGAAAGCAGAGGCUCCUGGUAGUGUUAUCUGACAGCAAAACAAUUAUCAGGUGGCUUCAGGUCAGUCGUGUUACUCUUGAAUUACUAUGUUUAGGGGGAAUAUCAUUUAACCUUCGUGCCUCAGAUUACCCAUUAGAAAAUUGGGUAUAAUAAUA